AUGACGAAAGACAAUACCGGCGACAAAUACGCAGUCAUCACAAUUGGUGAUGAGAAAAGGUUUCAUGCAACAAUUUCAGAGCUUGGUGCUACUUUGCUUGACUUAAAAGUAAAUAAUCAAUCAAUUGUUCUAGGGUAUCCGAAAAUACAAGACUACAUUUCGGAUGGGGACAAUUACAUUGGUGCUACUGUUGGUCGUUAUGCUAAUCGUAUUUUCAAAGGUACCUUUGAUUUGGAAGAUGGUCCUCAUCAAUUGACCGUGAACAAUUGUGGAAACACGAAUCAUAGUAGUAUCAGCUCUUUUCACCUCAAGAAAUAUAAGGCAUCUCCGGUUGAAAAUCCUCUCGAGGACGUUUACAUUGUUAAGUUCUCGUUGUUGGAUGACCACACGUUACCUAAUGAAUUUCCAGGUGAUCUAGCAGUUACGCUAAAGUACACAUUGAAUGUCGCCCACAUGACUCUGGACAUGGAAUAUGAGGCAAAAUUGGUUAAUGGAGAGGCUACUCCUAUCAACAUGACGAAUCACACGUACUUUAAUUUGAACAAAUCUAAGGAUGAAAAAUCUAUUAGAGGAACAGAGGUUAGACUUUGCUCUGAUAAAUCAUUAGAAGUCAGUGAAGGAGCACUAAUCCCUACUGGCAAAAUCAUUAAAAGAGAUAUCGCUACUUUUGACUCUCCCAAACCCACCAUUCUGCGGGAUGAUGGGCCAAAUUAUGACUAUGGUUUCCUUAUUGAUACAAACAAAGAUUUGAAGGUCACAGACUCAGUGAGCGUAAACAAGUUGGUCCCAGUUUUUAAGGCUUAUCAUCCUGAAUCACACCUCUCUUUGGAAGUUUCAACAACAGAACCAACUGUUCUAUUUUACACAGGUGACAAUCUGUGUGGCAAUUUCACGCCAAGGGCUGGGUUUGCAGUUGAACAAGGUAGAUAUGUUGAUGCGAUCAACCGUGAUGAAUGGAGAGGUUGCGUUCUUUUAAAACGUGGUGAAGUAUAUACUUCUAAGACUCAGUAUCGUUUUGAGAUAUAG